UACGUGUGAUUUUCUACGCACGCGUCUCUUCCUGGAGAUGGGUUGUUGUGGAGACGAAGACGAUGAUGUCUUCAAGCAGCUAAAUCCUAAUCAACACGACUCCUCUUCUUCCUCCACCGAAAACCCAAUCUCGGCCUUUCAUAAUUCUUCCAUGGGAAGCAUCACCACCUUCGUUGGCAGCUCCGCCUCCGGUACUCACGACGUUGACAUCAUUUCCCCGAUGAAUUCUAAUUUCUUUGCGCUCACUUGCAGAGAUAUCCUCCGCACCAUCUUUGAGCGAUUACCCGUUACGGACCUCGCUCGAGCGGCCUGCGUUUGCCGGUUCUGGAACUCAGUUGCCUCAGACCGAGAGAUUCAGACCAGAGCUUUCAUAUCCCCUUGGAAAUUGAAGGACGUCAUAGGUAAUCCUUCUUCAGGCAGCUUCUGGCGUGACAAUAGCCUUGGCCGAUUCGCCAUCUCUCAUCAUAUCCUCAGGGGAGAUACUGUCGCUAGCCUCGCUGUUAAGUACUCUGUUCAGGUAAUGGACAUAAAACGUUUAAACAAUAUGCUGAGUGACCAUGGCAUAUACUCAAGGGAGAGGUUACUCAUCCCUUUAAGUAAACCAGACCACCUGUGCAACAGAACCUGCUAUAUAGAGUUCGAUGUGUACGCAAAAAGGGAAGUGGCAGUAGUAUAUCUAGAGGGUGGCCCUGAUGGAAAACUUAGUUGCUUGAUGAAUAGGAGAACCACCAAAAGAGGCAAUAGAAGAGUAAUUGAUUCAUUGAAGAGAAGCAUGCGUGUUGAUGAUGGAACUGCUGAAUAUUACUUGUCUAUUUCAAAUGGUGACCCUCGGGCUGCAUUGGCAGAGUUCUCUGAGGACCUUAGGUGGGAGGAGCGGGCAAUACUCUCCUAGUUUCAAUAUGUGCAAACGAAGUGUGGAUUGCCAAUUUAAUGUAAGUGGAAUGCUUAUUGUUUCUUUACUCAUGGCUUUGAUUGUGCUGUCUGUAUUCAUUAUACAAUGUUCUAAAACGAAGCUGCAGAUGCAACAAAUUAAAUGAUUGCAAUUCGCUAUGAAA